UAGGAAUGUAAAAUUCAAUUUUUUGAAAUAAAAAUUUACUUUCAUAAUAAAAUAAAACUCGUAAUUGAUAAUUUAUUGUUAUAAAAAAAAGUCGUAGUAGUUUGCCUUGUCAAAUCAUCAAUUGCAUAUUAUUAUCAAACCGCAAUUAAAAGAUAAUGAUAUCAAAACAAAACAAAAAAAAAAUAGAAAAAAAAUUAUACAAGGGAUAUGAUGCGAUGAUAAAAAGACCGGAAAAUGCAAAUCAAAAACUAUUCGCAUAUAAAAAGAUGUUUCCUUCUAAAAAUGAUUUUAGUUUAUUUCGAGUCAUUUUUUUCUCAGUGUCGUAUGAAAAUUCAAAGAAAAAGUAGUGAAAUAGUAAAAGUGUUUCUCAAUGGAUAAAAGAUAUUGGAAUAUCGUAGUCAUGGAAAAUCUAUUCCACACUUUUAAAUAUAAAUAAUAAGAAAACCGAUUUUCUCCACAUUAAUUUAAAAAGACAAAAAAAAAAUGAUUGAGUUUAUUGUCACACGUAAGAUGUAUCGUAAGUGUGACUAAAACUUUUCUAUAUAUAUAUAUAUAUAUAUAUAGUGUAAUCGAAUUUAGUCUGGUGUUCAUCGGGGGAAUUUUCUGACGUCUUAUUUGAUCUCCCACGACAUUCCUCUGGGUGUAAAUUAAUUUUCAAGAAAUCUUCGAGUUAUUGGAAUUAUUAAAUUGAAAAGUUCCUUUCAUCUCAUGAGAAAAAAUGGACACGCAGACAGAGAUGCCUGCAAAUAAUACAGCUGCAUCGACUUUUCACGAGGAUGAUCUGCAACGAAUUAUUGCUGAACGAAAACAAGCCUGCUCAGAAUUCAUCGAAAAAGAAGAAAUCACAAUACAAGAGCCUUAUUGUCCCGCAAUUUUCGAUGGCUGGUCCUGUUGGUCGACGACUCCUGCAGGAAAAGCAGCGAUUACCCAAUGUCCUGAUUUCAUCACUGGCUUCGAUCCUACUUUGACGGCAUUUAAAUACUGCGAACCAAAUGGAACAUGGUUUCGACAUCCGGAUUCGCAAAAAAUUUGGAGCAACUACACAACUUGCGUCAAUAUUGCAGAUCUUGGUUGGCAACAAGAUCUAAAUAUUGUCUACGAAGUCGGAUAUUCAAUAUCAUUGAUCGCUCUAUUAGUGUCUCUUGGUAUCCUGAUAUAUUUCCGAACUUUAAGAUGUACCCGGAUAAUCCUUCACAUGAAUCUAUUUGCAUCUUUUGCCGUCAAUAAUGCACUGUGGUUAAUUUGGUACGGAUUUAUUGUGGCAAAUCCCGAUGUUCUUUUAAACAAUGGAAUGAUUUGUCGACUUCUGCAUAUAAUUCUCCACUACUUUUUAAUCUCAAAUUAUUCCUGGAUGCUGUGCGAAGGUUUUUAUUUGCACACAAUACUCGUGAGUGCUUUUACAAAUGAGCAAAAACUAUUGAAAUUACUCGUGAGUUUUGGCUGGUUUUUUCCAGGAAUCAUCGUGAUUGUUUAUUCGAUAUUGAGGAUGAUAAGCGAUGAUCCAACCGAUACAACUCAAUGCUGGAUGAACGAGGGAAGUUACAUGAAAGUUUUAAUAUAUCCAGUGUGUGUUUCAACAUUGCUCAAUUUAAUAUUUCUUUGUAAUAUUGUUCGAGUUCUUAUAACAAAACUCAGGAAUGGUCCAGCCAUUAGUACACGACCAACGCGUGCAAUGAUUCAGGCUUUUAGAGCAACUUUGUUGUUGGUUCCACUGUUGGGACUUCAUUAUCUUUUGGUAGCAUUUCGACCUCCCAAAGAACAUCCUUGGGAGCAACCGUUUGAAAUCAUUUCUGCAAUCACAGCUUCCUUUCAGGGUCUUUGUGUAGCAAUACUUUUCUGCUUUUGCAAUGGCGAGGUGAUUACUCAUUUUAAGAGAAGAUGGGAAGCCUCAGUAUUUGUCAGGAAACGAGCGACUUCAUGCACGACCACAACAAACGUUUCGGUAAAUAUUCAAAAGAUAAAAUCCGUUAGUAGCAAUUAUUGUAUUUUGUACAACCAUCGAUCAUCUUUUGCCUUCAUUUCCUUCUUCUCCUCUCUUUCUUUUAUUUUCUAUCUGUGAAAAAUUAAAAAUUACUUUUACUUUUAAAUUAGAAAGGGCAAAAUUUAAUUAAAUUAGUCUAGGAGAUAUUGAUUAAUUAUUAAUACAAUAUUGUUUUAGUACCUAAGUCGAAAAUCAAAAGUUGGAUGUUUAUGCAUGGACCGCCAAUGGUGCAAUGCGGACUAGUGAAAUCCCUUCUUCAACGAGAUCUCUCUAUCUGUCUCUCUCUCCUUCAACUGUGCAUCAUCAAAAGAAAAAAAAGCAUAUAACUUUUAAAAAAAAAUGGAAAAAAAACCCGUGUCCCGUCUUUUUACAAAAAUAUGUAAUUUAAACUAACUGUCCAUGUGAAACUAAUUAACAAAUUUUCUGUCCGUAUCGUGCCAAUGGCUGGUUAAGUCAAGUCCAUUGUGGGGGGAUGUUGACUGUUUCAGUAUAUCCGAUCAAACGCAGGUCCGGUGUCGGGAGAGGAAAAAGUAUGACUAUGAAUCAGCUCCAACCUGCGAUCCAAGAGACAUUGAUCCAACAUCCGUCAUUAACGAGAGAUGAAGAUUGAUUUCCCCCACCGAAAAUAAACAAAUGUAUAAAAAAAAUUUUCAAAGUAUUUCGAAUUUCUUAAAUUUAUUUUUUAUAAAACUGUGUACAAAUGUUUAUUUAUAUGUCGUAAAUAUAAGCUUGACCAGUUUAUAAAUAUAAAAUUAAGAAAAAUUUUAAGUCUUACCAAAAAAAAAGAAUAAGAUAUUGUUGAAAAUAAAGUCGGAUAAUUAAGCAUAUCACAGAUAUUUAUAAGAUAAAUUAUGUACUUAUUAAUUAAGUUUUGUAAAAAGAAAAAUAUGAAAGAAAAUUUUGAUAAAUAUAAGUUACAAUAAAACUAUAAAAA